AACGUUCUUCUUUGUGCACGAAGCAUCAGAGAAAAUUCACAACGUACGAGAUUCUCAGAGUGUUUAUAGACAAGGUUUAAUAUUUUUUCUAUAAAACAUUCUGUAUUGCAAGGAUCUAUAAUAUGAAAUCAGCAGCCACACUCUCGUUUGCAAACUAAUAAGAAUUGAUUAGCAAGAUAAUAAAAGGCGAAAAUGAAGAAGUUCCAUGUGCAAGUGAAAGAAAACUCGCCGUUGGUAGAGGCGAAAAUGAAUGAAGAGAUUCAUGCACAAGCGAAAGACAACUCGCCCUCGAUAGAGAACAUCUUACGUCCAAUAUCAUACACCGCCUGGCUUUUAGGCGUCGGUAUUGCACGUCCACGAAAGUGUCCUAAAGCUAUAACGAUAAUAAUACGUAUGAUUCACAUGGCUGUGUGUUCCUAUGUCAUGAUACGCGACACUAAAUAUUACUUCGCUAAUAUUCAGGUUGACAUAAGGGUGUACAUAUAUUAUUUUAUAGACAGGAUGAUAUAUUACAUAUCAACCUUUUAUUAUAUUUAUCAUGGAAUCAGGCUGUACAACAAGUGGCCGGAGCUGAUGGAUAGAUUGAAAGAACUCGAUCAGAACAUCAGGAAAGAAACAUCCAUGAAUUACCGAUUUUUAAAAAUUGUUGAAGCACUAGCAAUUUUCACGACGUUUAUUUUCUGUCCUUUGUGGCCGAUUAUUAAAAUUCUGAAUUAUUACCUUAACGUAUCACAUAUAGUACACGAAACUUAUAUAAUAAGAAUGCUGUAUUAUUACAUAUUAGCACAGUCGUUGAUCAACAGCUUCGUCUUCGUCGUUGUCGUCUAUGUGUUAUAUUGCAGAUUUCAAAUAAUAAAUAAAUUGAUCGGUCAGUUGGAAAAGUUAUCCAAUGUGCAAUGGAUCGCGUUCAAGAUUAGACGCAUCAGAAAAUUGCAUGCCGAUGUUUGUGAUCUCGCCAGCAUGGUCAACGAUAUUCACGGUCUUCAUCUCCUCUUCUGCUCGGCGAAUUGUUUCACCAUGGCUAUAGUUUCACUAUUCUUUGUUUUUAAAUACGUGAAGCAUUUUAGCUGGGUAGAUCUGAUACAACAUUUCUUAUUCAUUGUAUAUUCCAUGCAAUUCUGCCUGAUUUGUUGGAUUUGCACACUUGCGAGUCAAGAAUCCAAUAGGACCGGCAGAAUCAUGCAUAAAGUUAUAAUGAAUUGCCAACCUCUAAGUCUUGAUAAUCGCGACGCGAUUAAUCAAUCGAGUUUAGAAAUGCGAUCUGCACGAGAAGAUUGGAACAACGUGAAGAACUAUAAUUGUAGCAGUCAUAAUCUGUACGUCGUGAGAAAUUUUUUGCACAAAAAUCUGGACCAAAAGUGUGUCAGAAAAGAAGUCAAUGAUUUUUCGAUUCAACUGCAGCAGAAUCGAGUAGUAUUCACGGCCUGCGAUUUCUUCGAAAUGAACAAUGCUUCUUUCGGUUAUUUCGUCGGGGUGAUCGUCACUUAUCUAAUACUCUUCGUUCAAUUCAACACCUUUUAAAAAUUAAGAAAAAAUACUAGAAAUGUAUUUGAAACGUUUGGAAAUAUGUUAAAAUCCAACAUCACAUUUUUUUUCUUUACAGUACCAAUUGUAAACAUUUUUCUUUCUAAAUAUUUUUAUAUCGUUGUAUAGUAAUAUUAUUUCACUGUGACCCGUGUUCUUAUGUCUUGCUUGUAAAAAUAAAUUAAGAGACUAAUACUAUGUAAAAAAAGUAAGAUAAAUGUUUCGGUAUCGUUUAGACAACAUUAUUGUAAAAGCGACGUGGCGAUAUAUGACGCGCAACUAAUUGUCGACGAAUUAGGUUCGCGUAGCGACUCGUUCUCGAUACAAAAUAAUUGAUAUAUACUGAUUUACUGAACAAUUAAAACUUUACAAAAGCAUCAAUCCACGGAAAGAAUUGUACGUAUGGAAAUACGUGUCUCGUGCUUUCAAUCUCGUAGAUGUUACACAAUGCAGUCCAUUAUGCAUUAAUAGAAAUAA